UCGAUUUAUCGACUUUAAAGAUAUACUUCGAUAUUAAUAAUUUCACGUUUUAAUCGAUUUCUCACUGACAAUAGCAUAAAAAUCAUUUGGCUAACCGCGGCGUGGCCAGGUCGAUCGAUAUUACGAUCGAUAUGAAUAUUUUGCCGUUUCACUGUCCAGCAUUUCUCUUUUUCUGCGCAGAAUUUAUUAACGGCACGGGAUCUUUCGUCUUACCCUACAGGAUCCGCACGUUUUUCGAUAUCGCCAGCACCCGGACAUACGUGCUCGUGUAUCUUUACCUGUGCCCGAUGUUUUACAACUCCAUAUGUCACAUGGCGGCGAUCUGCCUCUUGGUUAUUUUAGUGUUUCACAUUUGCGGCGAGUUGUCCAUUCUGUCGUACCGCAUUAAGAACGUAGAAGCGUACUCGCGGGAUGCGCUGGUGGUUAGAAUUCGCAGCUUCGUCCAAAUGCAUCUCAAGAUAAUAUGGAUGGCGAAGUCCGUGGACAACGCUUUCAACAUGGUUCUAAUGAGUGAGCUCUUCGGCCUUAGCGUUAUAUUGAUCAUCUCGAUGUAUCAGGUCCUGAUGGUACGUCAUCGCGAGCUCUUCUAUGAUCGGAAUCACGAGAAUUACGAGAGACAAAGGUCCAAUUUAACGGGCUUUUCGAAAUUUUUAACAGAAAGAUUCACUCGAUGGUGCAGAAUAAUUUCUGCCGCACGAAGUUGUGUAACAAGGACGACUCGGCUGUCUCUCUACUUCUCGAGUGGAAUUCCGUUGGAAAAAGUUUCAAGAAUGCGUUUUUCAGAACCUGGACAUCUCGGAACUGGCGACCUGCUGUACAUUCAUAUUUUUCUCCGUAAUUUCGAUCGUUAUGCUUUACGGGUGCUGCUUGAUCGGCGAGCAACUGACUCAACAGGUCGUUAACUGACUUAACCCUUUCGUGUCUGACCUUUUUCUAGGGAUAAUUUGCAUCUAAUUGAUGUCUUACUAAAGGUUUUUAGAAUCGCUGAUUACGAAUCUGUAGUCAAAAUUUCAAAAUUAAAAAUGACGAAUUCAAUAUGCACAGCGUAUAAAGUUCCAUUCUGUCCCAUUCCGUGCUUCAAAAAAUUCCAGGAAAUGUGAAUAAAAUUGAGUCGACCUUUUUUAUUUACUUUUUUAUUUUGUCAGCUGUAUUAGAUAUGACUAUAUUGAAUUUGAAAAUUUUAACUUUAUAUUCGUUAUCAGCGACUCAAAAAACUCCUGAAAAAUGAGUUUCACUCAAAUCCAAGAAAAUUUCACAUUUCUGUCCGCCAUAUUGAAU